GAUAGAAGCCGCCGGAGACGACGCACGUGUCAAUGCGGAUUUAAAAAUUGGCGCGAACUUUAUAAUUUUAGUUUUCAACUCAAACUUCCGUGUAAACUGUGAUAAAAAGGUGAAUAUUGUGAUGACAGACACUGUUCAAUAUAUUGUGAGGAUUGUCGUUACAACGUUAUUGUAUUACACUUUGAUAUGUGUGUUUAAAGAACUUCGGAGAUAUUGGACGGGGGUCGAUUCGAGUGAAACCGACAGCUCACAUUUGGAUUUUUAAUAAUUUUGUCCGAUUUUGAUUGAACAACAUGGAGGACGUCCAUAUAGCCAACAUUGUUAAUUCCACUAAUGUCACUGAAAGUGAACUCUCCAAGUUCUCUCCUGGUCUCCUGACCUUUGCGGCGAUUAUCACAGGCUUCAUCAUGGUGAUCGGUUUGUUCGGAAAUCUACUUACAGUGGUUGCAUUACUAAAGUGCCCCAAAGUGAGAAAUGUUGCUGCUGCAUUUAUCAUAAGUUUAUGUAUAGCAGAUUUGCUAUUCUGCGCAGUUGUGCUCCCAUUCGCCAUUUCGGACUUCUGGACGCGGUCGUGGCUCCACGGGGACGCGCUCUGUACGUUGGUCCCGUUCCUUCGCUACGGGAACGUAGGCGUUUCACUGCUAAGCAUCGCCCUAAUUACCUUAAACAGGUACAUAAUGAUAGCGCACCACAGCUGGUAUGCGAGGGUUUAUCGCAAACACAACAUUGCUUUGAUGAUCAUCUUCUCAUGGAUGUUCUCCUACGGAAUGCAGACGCCAACACUUUUUAGUAUUUGGGGAAAGUUUGACUACGACCCUGAGCUGGGAACAUGUUCGAUAGUCCCUGAUGACAACAAGCGAUCCUCGAAGACGGCGCUCUUUGUCAUAGCUUUCAUUGUACCAGCAAUGUUGAUCUUCAUCUGUUAUGCCAGGAUAUUUUGGGUAGUGCAUAGUUCGGAACAACGCAUGCGCGAGCACCAGAGAUCCCAACGUAGCGGCCCCGGUGCACUUAACAACAGCACGAGUUCUGACAAACGAUCCACGAUUAAAGAUAAUAGAGAAACGAAAGCGCGACGAAAUGAAUGGCGCAUCACUAAGAUGGUCCUCGCCAUUUUCCUGUCGUUCCUCGUCUGCUACUUGCCCAUCACUAUUGCCAAAGUGGCAGAUAGUCAUGUGCAUUAUCCUGUGUUCCACGUCAUAGGCUACUUGCUCCUGUACGCGAGUGCGUGUGUAAACCCGAUAAUCUACGUGAUAAUGAACGCGCAGUACCGUGCGGCUUACGCGGCGGCGCUCUGCUGCCCUCUUUCAAGGCUGUCCGGUCUCACCAGCGAAAUGGAACGAGCGUCACGGAUACAGCUACAGCAACACACGAACGGCGCUCAGCCAAGUGUCACUGGGGGAAUCACGGGCAGACCCACGGGCAGCCCCCUCCGGGCUGGGGCAACGAUAAGUUCCGCACCCAAGAACCUCCACGACACCAGCACUGCGGCACCACCACGUGAAUUAAAUGGAACGAAUUCGGAGCCAAAACCGGAACCUAGUCUGAAAACAGGCCCGAAAAUUCGACCAAUACGUAGUGCUGGCCUAAAAAUAAGAUUCCAAAUAGGCAGCUGUAAUCAAGAGGGUAAAAAAGAAACGACAAAUAAAUUGAGUGACUCACUAAGUAAAUGACAAUUCUUUGGGAGCAUAAUCAUUUCCAAGCUUAUCGAAUUACAUACAGUUUAUUUUUUUUGUUUAAGUAUGUAAUAAUAAUAAUGUGCUAGACUACCACACCAAUUGCCUGGUCUUAAACUAGGAAAUUCCCUGUAUUAUGAAUACCAGGGCAACACAAUUUAGAGAAAUUCAUUUCCCAAAUUUAUACUACCAGGGAUCGAACCCGGGACCUCCUCAUCCAGCGCUAGAGAUGGGAGAAACUGGUUAUUUUUUUAAACGGAUAAACGUUG